GCUCAAACCCAAAAAGGCCCAGAAAAAGAUAAACGAACACCGCUCUAACUCAAAAAAGUAUGGCAAAUGCAGUGGCCGGAGUUGCUCCUCUCUCUUGGUUCUCCCCUUCCAAAGGUAACGGCGAUUUUCAGAGAAUUGAUGCUGGGUUUGUGGGUAUUACAACAAGAGCUGCAUGCUUUCACUCUCCGACCGCCAGUCCUUCCCUCAAUUCUAAGCCAAAACGGACUACUAUCAGGUGUCAAUCAACAAGUACUGAAGAACCGAAAACAAGAAGAAACCUACUGGACAAUGCGAGCAACCUCCUUACCAAUUUGUUAAGUGGGGGAACUCUUGGGUCCAUGCCUAUUGCUGAAGGUGCGGUCUCGGAUUUGUUUGAUCGCCCUCUCUUCUAUUCACUGUAUGAUUGGUUUUUAGAGCAUGGUGCUGUGUAUAAACUUGCUUUCGGGCCAAAAGCAUUCGUGGUUGUAUCAGAUCCUAUUGUUGCAAGACAUAUUCUUCGAGAAAAUGCUUUUUGUUAUGACAAGGGAGUCCUCGCUGAUAUCCUUGAACCAAUAAUGGGCAAAGGACUUAUACCUGCUGACCUUGAUACUUGGAAGCAGAGAAGAAGAGUUAUUGCUCCUGGGUUCCAUGUCUUAUACUUGGAAGCUAUGGUCAAGAUAUUUACUGAUUGUUCAGAGAGAGCAUUAUUGAAGUUUGAGAAGUUUUUACAAGUAGCAAACUCGCCUGGAGAGAAGACAAUUGAGUUGGAUCUUGAAGCAGAGUUUUCUAGUCUGGCUCUUGACAUCAUUGGGCUCAGUGUCUUCAACUAUGAUUUUGGUUCUGUUACCAAAGAAUCGCCUGUAAUAAAGGCAGUAUAUGGCACUCUCUUUGAAGCCGAACACAGAUCUACUUUCUACAUUCCAUACUGGAAACUUCCUUUGGCAAGGUGGAUUGUCCCUAGGCAGCGGAAAUUCCAGAAUGAUCUUAAAGUUAUCAAUGACUGUCUUGAUGGACUCAUCAAAAAUGCAAAAGAGACCAGACAGGAAACAGAUGUAGAGAAACUGCAGCAAAGGGACUACUUAAAUCUCAAGGAUGCAAGUCUUUUGCGUUUCUUAGUUGAUAUGCGGGGAGCUGAUGUUGAUGACCGUCAGCUUAGGGAUGAUCUGAUGACAAUGCUUAUUGCUGGCCAUGAAACAACAGCUGCAGUUCUUACUUGGGCUGUUUUCCUACUUGCACAAAAUCCCUCUAAAAUGAGAAAAGCUCAAGCAGAGAUUGAUUCAGUGCUUGGCCAGGGCAGACCAACUUUUGAAUUGGUUAAAAAACUGGAGUACAUUAGACUUAUUGUUGUAGAAGCUCUGCGCUUGUAUCCUCAACCUCCUUUGUUAAUUAGACGUUCUCUCAGAUCGGAUGUAUUGCCAGGAGGGUACAGGGGUGAAAAAGAUGGUUAUACCAUUCCUGCUGGGACUGAUGUUUUCCUUUCUGUAUAUAAUCUCCAUAGAUCCCCAUAUUUUUGGGACCAACCUCAGGAGUUUGAGCCAGAGAGAUUUUUAGAGCAAAAGAAGAGUGAAGGCAUUGAAGGGUGGGCUGGAUUUGAUCCAUCUCGAAGUCCUGGCGCGCUGUACCCAAACGAGAUAAUAUCAGAUUUUUCCUUUUUACCAUUUGGCGGAGGGCCAAGAAAAUGCGUCGGAGACCAAUUUGCACUAAUGGAGUCAACCGUGGCAUUGGCUAUGCUGUUGCAGAAGUUCGACGUGAUGCUGAAGGGAUCUCCAGAAUCAGUGGAAUUAGUCACCGGGGCAACAAUGCACACAAAGAAUGGAAUGUGGUGCAAACUGAGAAAGAGAGUUGAUGUCAAUUGACAUUUAUAGAGGGGUUACAUGCCCAAUGUUGUCACCAACUACAGAUUCCCAAUUUCUUUUGAACGGAGAAUAAGAUCUAACUUUUGAAGACUUGGUGUUAAUUAUGAAUAGAAUUGUAAAUAUAAUCUGGAAUUGCCAA